AUGGUUUUGAGAAACCGUUCCCUGAUGAACACCAGUAAGAAGAGUUUCACUCAGCUCAGCAGCCUGAUAACACACCAGAGAAUACAGACAUGAGAGAAACCUUAUAGCUGUACCCAAUGUGGGAAGAGUUUUACUCAGCUCAGCAGCCUGAUAACACACCUGAGAAUACACCCCGGAGAGAAAUCUUAUAGCUGUACUCAAUGUGGGAAGAGUUUUACUCAGCUCAGCAGCAUGAUAACACACCAAAGAAUACACACAGGAGAGAAACCUUAUAGCUGUACUCAAUGUGGGAAGAGUUUUACUCAGCUCAGCAGCAUGAUAACACACCAAAGAAUACACACAGGAGAGAAACCUUAUAGCUGUGAUCAAUGUGGGAAGAGUUUUACUCAGCUCAGCAGCCUGAUAAAACACCAGAGAAUACACACAGGAGAGAAAUCUUAUAGCUGUACUCACUGUCGGAAGAGUUUUACUCAUUCAUCCGGCCUGAUAUCACACCAGAGCACACACACAGGAGAGAAACCUUAUAGCUGUACUCAAUGUGGGAAGAGUUUUACUCAGCUCAGCAGCAUGAUAACACAACAAAGAAUACACACAGGAGCGAAACCUUAUAGCUGUCCUCAAUGUCGGAAGAGUUUUACUCAUUCAUCCGGCCUGAUAUCACACCAGAGAACACACACAAGAGAGAAACCUUAUAGCUGUGAGUAA